GCGAAGCGCCGACUAUGAGCCUAGAAAUUGGCUAUCUAGCUACAGAUUAUGAGUUUUUCGUUCAAUUGUCACCAGCUUUCAACGCCAAAGCCUUGGACUGCUAUGAUUUUAUUUCCUGGCUCUAGCUGAAAUGCUUUCAUCUUCUAAGAUGAGAUCUUACACUAUUCUUCUCGACAUGUCGUAGGUUGACGACUGCGUCAACAAGGAAAGAUGUCUCGCUGCGCUACCUCUAGGGAUAUUCCGUCUUUAGCAGCAUAUAUAUACCGCCAAAGUUGCCGUUGGUCAAUAGCUCCAGACUCCAGGUCACAUUCAUCCGAUAUCCAGACUUCUAACAAAUCUUCUUUACCCAACAAAAUCUAUUGCCAACACAGAACCUUCGUCAAGAUAUCAAAAGAAGAAUCACAAUGGUUGUUGAAUUACCAAGCCCAGAGACUUAUGUGCGAUUCGUGAGCAAAAGGGUAGGUCACUAUGCACUUUCCAUUUUAGACAAAUUCUUAGAGUGCCGAUCUAACAUUAUUUCUUUUCAACAGACUGGUAAAGUCCUAGCAGAUGACAAUGAACUCUGCCAUACCGAUAAAGAUCCAGCCAAGGCGGAACAUUGGUGGAGAAUUAUCCCAGCUAAUGGUCAAACCAACAGCUACAUCAUCAAGAAUGUUACUACUGGUCGCGUGAUUUGGUGCCGCUCCAAGAAUCGUCGGGCGGGAUGUAUUGAUGACGACGGAAAAUGGGCGGACAACUGGUUUGUAUUUGAGGAGACCAGACUUCCCAAUUGUAACGGCACUUUUCGCAUUCAUUGUCCAUCGGCAAAUUGCGCUCUUGCCUCGCGCACCGACAAAAAGCCGGAAGUUGAUGGAAUCCUACUCAAAGACGAUGGUUCACCCGAUAAUGAGGAUCAACAUUUCUUGAUGAAUUUCGAAGACAUGGGGGUGGAAAGUAUCGAAUAUGAUAUCAAAGCUGGGAAAAAGUCAUCAGAGAAGCCCGCUGCAAUUGCUCAACAGGACUUGGAAAAUGCAUCGGAUACAGAGCAAAUUCAGACAUUCACAUACAAUGAAGAUAAGGCGGAAGAGCACACUUUUGAGCACUCGCAUGGUUUUGAAAUCUCCAUUUCUCAGAAAAUCAAGGUCCAAGCAUGGCCCAUUUGGACGGGCAAAUUGGAAGUCAAGGGAAGUACGAAAAAUGAAUGGAGGUGGGGAGAGAAAAAUACCGUUACGACGAAAUGGGGUAUUAGUCAAGCUCUUAAGGUGCCAAAAAAUAGCACGUUCGUGGCUACUUUGACGGCUACUAAGAUGGAAAUCUCAGUGCCUUUCAAAAUGAUCUGGAAGGCUAAGGAUUCCGGUGCGAAAAAUACUACCUAUGGCAUGUACACGGGCGUUUCCUACUACAAUGCUUCUACCACUAUUAAGCCAAAAUCUGGUACGUCGGGCACUAGUUAUAAGGAUGAAAGUAGGACAUUUGAAGAUGGUACUGAGAAUAUCGAGGGGAAUGCUACAGGUGAAGAACAAGUCUACCCGGUAGAUAAUGAGCAAACGGCUUCCUACGAGACAUAUGGCAAUGAAACGUUGGAUGGUACGAAGCAGAAUUACGAUGGGCAAGGAUCUUUUGGGGAGAAUCAAGACUACGAUAACAGCGAAGAGAAAGAAGAAGAAACCGGUGUUGAGCCUGGAUAUGAAGAGAAUCAGUAUUUUCAAGGAGAUUAUGACAAUAAUGGAGGACAAGGAGGCGACCCCGUCGAGUCAGCAUACGAAAAUAAGCCAUAUGAAGAGAACUAUGGAGGAGAUGAGGGUCGUCAAUCAAACGAAGCAAACUUCGAUGAAACCUCAUACAACCAACUUAAUGGAGGGGACGAUCCGUACAAUACUGGCUACCAGCAGAACGAACCCCAGGAGAUUGAAAGCCAAGCACGAACGUCAUACGAACCUGAAACAGAGGAGCUAACUUUUCAAUCGACCUAUAGUCAAAAUUCCUAUGAAGGCGGGAAUAGCUACGAGGAGCGCCAGGAUGAUCAACCUGAGGUAGAGAAUCUUUCACUCGAGGACUCAAAACCAAUCUAUCAAGACAAUACAGACUCUUAUUCAGGAGGUUACGACCAGCAGAGCUUUGACAAUAAUUGCUAUGAGAGCAAUCAAUUCAACAAUGAGUCCACGGAACAAAAAUCCUCAACUUUGAAGUACCAAAAUACAAGUCGCUCCGAUGAAGAUGAAAGCUUCAAUCAGCAAGGAUAUAGUCAAGGAAGAAGCUUCGGUAACGUAUACGUUCAAUCCAAUGACUAUGACCAAUCCUCCAAACCCACAUACGAAGAGAAUACCUUUGACCAGGCCGUUAACUAUGAGCAACCGUCCGAGGACCGCAAUUCCUACGGUCACCUCAAUAAUUACGGGAGAAAUAAGAACUUUCAUGAUCAAUCUUCUGAAUCUACUUAUAAUUACAGGGAUAAUAUAGAGUCUUCGUAUGGCGGGUAUGAAUAGUAUUAGAUAUGAUGCUCUUGAUUAUGCGGAUAUUAUGGAGGUGAUGAGUGGG